AUGUUUACCAAGCCUACCGAAUUUUCCUUCGCGGAUAUGGACGAGGACUCUGCGAAAAAAGCUUUGUCUGUCAUAGCAUCCCUCGUCUAUAUUCAGGACGGCGGAGUGCAGUGGUUGAACGAGAAUCUUGGCCAAUUUUGUUGCACAGCCGAUGGUUUAGUAAACGAAGCCUUGAUUGAUCCGGAGCUCACACAACAUCAAGUCUGCCAAGAUCUCCAUCACGCAUAUCGUCUUCAUAUCAAUCCAAAUGACGAAGAUGCCGCAGCAUACGAGACAGCAGCCCCUACAGCUCGUGGCCAAGGCAAGAGUGCGCACCCAUUUAACAAGCCAUUUGCUUAUGCAGCAAUACACCCCCAAUUCCUUGUAGAGCAAGCGCUCAAUGCUCGACGUGCAAAAGUUAACGAAAUGCCUGUCGAAGAACAAUCCUUUGGAGAGGCUACCGAGCUGGAAGCUUCUCAGCAAGAACCUUCUGUUACCGACCAACUUGACAAUCAGCCUGAGUACGAAUCUUCGAUUGCCGACUACUCUGAUUACCAAUCCGAGCCAGAGGACUUCGUUAAAAGCAUCUCGGACAUUUCUGAUAACGACGAUUCCGACGAUGAAGAUUAUGUCGAGAAGUCGGUUACCAACUUCGAUGAGCUCACCUAUGAACAACAACUCGCUCUUACCAUCGAAGCCUCGUUAAAAGAGCACGCACCGCAGAAGUAUAACGGCGAAUCUUCAGGUACCAACAAUCACCUUACACCACCAUCUUCUCAGCAAAAGACAACUGCACAAGCGAAUUAUUCUGGUGGAAAACCCAUCUUAUCUCCAGCCCACUCUUCCAGUGGAAAACAUUUCCUGCCCACAUCACCACACACUAUCCCUUGUCCAUCUUAUCUUCAUAGAAAACGAGAACACGACGAUGACGAGUCUCCCGAUAAUGAAGAUUAUAUCAAGUCCACUCGCCGCCCGAUCAAGAAGCGCACAAAGUCUAUUACCAAAUCGUCUCUUCAUGCACCAGCUUCUUCUUCUACAUCAGCCACUACCGGCCCAGUCUCUUCUUCCUCAGUCACUACAUGUGGCUCCUCCCCUUCAUCAAGUGCUCGUAUAGCAUCAUCCAAACCUCGCAAAACACCCCGAUCUUCUCGCAGAGGCGGUCCUACCAGUAAACCCCGUCGCGCGGCCUGGACCGAUGACGAAACAUUCAAGCUCUACAAAUGUCUUGUCAGGCGUCGAGAAAUCGAAGCUAAGUUCCCCUAUCUCGUCAAACUCUACGAUGCUCCUCUCUGGAAACACAUCUCGAAAGAACUCGCUUCUGUCCAUGGCAUUCAUCGAGCACCCGGUGGUUGCAAAUCUAAUUGGAAUCGAAAUGGUCGCGAGUUCUAUGAUUUUGAUGAACGAUCGGUUUUGAAACGCUCGAAGUCUCUGGCUACUAGUGUUCAGGUUCCAAAGAAGGAUAGAAAGGGAAAGAAACCUGCUGCUGCUGCUGCUGCUGCUGAUGAUGAUGGUGGUGAUGGUGGUGAUGAUGGUGAUGAUGGUGAUGAUGGUGAUGAUGGUGAUGAUGGUGAUGAUGGUGAUGAUGGUGAUGAUGGUGAUGAUGGUGAUGAUGGUGAUGAUGGUGAUGAUGGUGAUGAUGGCGAUGAUGGUGAUGAUGAUGAUGAUGAUGAAUAG